GACUGAAUCAGCGAGAUGAUUGGUCGGGCCGUGAUGGCGGUUGAUGUCGGUCUCCGGCUUCGGGCCGUCACUGAAAACAUGAAGAUGGCGACAUCGAGGAGAUCAGCGGCUCUCCCUGAUGUCACGCCGCGCCUGGUGGCUGUUGGAAAGACCAAACCAGCGGCCCUCAUGAUAGAAGCUUACUGUCACGGCCAACGGCACUUUGGGGAAAACUAUGUCCAAGAGCUGGUGGAGAAAGCCGCUGACAGUCAGAUUCUCUCUGUGUGCCCCGACAUCAAGUGGCAUUUUAUCGGACACCUGCAAAAAAACAAUGUCAACAAGUUGAUAGGGGCUCCCAACCUGUUCAUGAUUGAGACCAUUGACUCCAUCAAACUUGCUGAUAAAGUCAACCAAUCCUGGCAGAAGAAGCAAGCAGCUCAGAGGUUGAAGGUGAUGGUCCAAGUCAACACCAGUGAGGAAGACAACAAGCAUGGGCUUUCUGUGGAGGAGACCGUGGAUACCGUCCGGCACAUCCUCAGCAACUGCCCCUGCCUAGAAUUUGUCGGGCUGAUGACUAUCGGAAGAUAUGGUUAUGACCUGAGUCAGGGGCCCAAUCCUGACUUCCAGGUGUUGGUAACUCGUCGUAAGGAGCUGUGCGAUCAAUUAAACUUGCCUCUGGAAACAGUGGAGCUAAGCAUGGGCAUGUCAACAGACUACGAACAUGCUAUCGAAGUGGGGGCGACCAAUGUGAGGGUUGGCAGCACCAUCUUUGGAGAACGGACAUACCCCAACAAGACGGGCACCGACGAGGCCUCAAAGGAGGCAGGAGAGCCAGCGGAAAUAGCGGGCAGAGUGACUGCCAAGGCACCUUGAUGGACAGGCCAGGUGGAAGGGAGAGGACCUGCUCCCUUUCCACCCUUCACAGGAGUCUCUCUGAGAAGGUGCUCUUUCAGUUGAGCCUCAAACAGCAGUUCCUAGAGUUUUUAACUGAUAGGUUUCCAAUGAAAUUGUUAUUGAUAUUUGAUGAAUCAUGUCGGGUGUAAGUGCUGAAGGUCUUGGCCAUCCCACCCUUUUGUAAAGUAAUACACUGAUAAUGACACUGGAACAACAACCAGAGGCUUGCACUAUUAAUUAUUAAAUCACAAACUGAUUGAGGACAGAUGGAAGCCAUUCAGCCCAUUCAUCUGGUGAUGGUUCUCAAAGCACUGCCUAAUGAAUUCUAGUUUCCUGCUCUUUCUCAUCACCCUGUGAACUAUUCCUUUUCACAAAUUUCACAAGCUCCUGUUCACAAGUCACCAUUGAAUCUGCUCCUACUGCCUUUUCUGAUGUCUGAAAUAAAGACAAAAAGACCAGCUCCGGGCACCUCUGCUUCUUCAGCCAAUCACUUGCAAUCACUGUUGUCUGAUAAAGUCUUCCUAUUUAUUCCGUUUGGCAAUAUGAGUUCAGUUUGCUUUAAAAUGUACAAGUCAAUAUUCCUGCAAAUAAGAAGGUGAUCUCAGUGAGGAGGGAGAUGAAGCUGUCAGAUGGUCUGAUAAACUGAAUUGGUUCCCUGUGUUCUGUAGGUGAGAGAGACCUGCCUUUGAAAUGAUGCCUACACAUGAGUCCAGUCCCACACCUUGAAAUGGCCAAGCCAGCUGCUCCAUUCUCUCAAGGGGAACUUCGAGAUGGAGAGUAAAUGCAGACCUUAUCGGCAAAAGUCACAGCCGAAAAUAGUUCUGAAGCGUUAGUCCUUUUGCAUGUGAAAGCAGUCACUCUGUCAGAACAGUGAAACUGAAGAGUGUGAUUUGGAGCAAACUCUCAACUUUGACCAUCCAUGGUCAGCAGGUGCCAUAAUCUCCAGGUUCCCAUCUCAUCCUCUACCACCACUCCUUCACUGUGGGGGAAGUAACCUUCAGGUCCCUGCACCACCUGAUUACACUGGGUCAAGAAGGUGGUGUAGGUGAAGACGCAACUGGGCAUGGCCUUGUCUUGUACACCCAGUGCCAAUCUAUGUUAGCUACCAGUCUGGCCAUGUCUCCAUUUUACAAUUGUCUUUCUUAACUGAAAAGACUUUCACUGCCUCACUCCUCUGUACAUUCUUGCAAAAACCUUAUGUUCCUCUAAUUUUAGCCUGUUACAUCUUCCCAUCCCACUCUCUUUGCCCCAGUAUUGGCAGCGGUACCUCAGGCAUGAACCUCUGAAAUGCAUUUCCUCAAUCUCAACCCAUCUCUCUCUCUUUUUACCCCCCCCCCGUCUCUCUCUUCCUCCCCCGUCUCUCU